AUGAUCCCCUUCCUUAUACUACUGGUGUUUGAAGGCAUUCCACUUCUGCAUGUAGAAUUUGCAAUCGGACAACGUCUAAGAAAAGGCAGCGUGGGAGUAUGGAGUUCCAUUCACCCAACACUAAAAGGAGUUGGAAUUGCAUCAAUGCUGGUAUCUUUUUUGGUUGGUUUAUAUUACAAUACCAUUAUAGCCUGGGUUAUGUGGUACUUUUUCAACUCAUUCCAAGAACCUUUGCCAUGGAGUGAAUGUCCACUAAAUGGAAACCGAACAGGUCUUGAACCUGAGUGUGCACGAAGCUCUCCUGUGGAUUAUUAUUGGUACAGAGAAACACUGAAUGUUUCUAGAUCAAUUGAAGAUUCAGGCACUCUACAAUGGUGGCUUGUGAUUAGUUUGGCUUGUGCUUGGGGUGUUCUGUAUGUGUGUACCAUCAGGGGCAUUGAGACAACUGGAAAGGCAGUAUAUGUGACUUCAACCCUUCCAUAUUUGGUUCUCACCAUUUUCCUGAUCAGAGCUCUGACCUUAAAAGGUUCUGUGAGUGGUAUCAAAUAUCUGUUUACUCCAAAUGUCGAUGAACUGGCAAAUCCGGUUACUUGGCUGGAUGCUGGUGCACAAGUCUUCUACUCUUUCUCUCUUGCAUUUGGUGGCCUUAUUUCCUUUUCAAGUUACAAUUCUAUACACAACAACUGUGAACGGGAUGCUGUAAUUAUUUCUAUCAUUAAUGGUUGCACAUCGUAUAUUCUGCCACAGUUAUUUAUGCAAUCAUUGGAUUUCGUGCUACAGCUAGGUUUGAUGACUGCUUUGCCAGGUGAGCAAUGGAAAGUAAUCCUAAUGUUGUUCUUUAUAUAA